AUGUCAUCCGAAAGUAGCUCCUCCGGGCACACGCCUCUUGACAAUCCUCUUGCCGAAGCGGGCUUGACGGGCCGCCACCUUCAGAAUGUAUUCCGAAUAGCCGUGCAUGGAAAAACGCAUGAGCAUGUAUUCCAUGCAAGGCGAGCACAUCGAAAAUCUCGAGCUGGUUGUCUUACAUGCAAGAAAAGAAGAAUCAAGUGCGAUGAACAAAAACCGCAUUGCCAAAGAUGUCAGAAAAAGGGGAUCCAAUGUGACUAUUCCACAGAGUCGAAUAGUUCCCUUGAUGGGAACGCUAAGAAGAGUGUUGAGAUAAUAUCGACCCCGAGCGACCCGAGCACCAUUUGUUUCUCCUUUUCACUUGAUAACGUCAUGGAAAAUGUCGAGGGGACUUUGAGCCUUGACCCUAAAUGGUCGUCUUAUGCUUUAACAGCACCGGGGUCCACACAUUCAAUGAGUGGUAUUGCAUUCCACCAUUUUGUGAAAUGUUCAACUGAGACAAUCGCCCAACCCGCCAUUAGAGACGUAAUGAGAACGGACAUGAUAAGAGUGUCAUUCGCUACACCAUACCUGAUGUACACUAUUCUUGGUGUAGCCAUGCUUCAUAUGAACCGAGUCUCACCAAACAAAGAGCGAUCAAUUGCCGAGUCCUUUUUCUGGCAGCGCGCCAUAGAACUCUAUCAAGCGGAACUGUCUUCAAAAAUUCAUCAAGCUAACGUGGAUGCCAUUUUAUCAUCAUGCAUGUUGAUGGGAGCUAUGACAAUUUGCCCUGAGCAUUUUGACCCCACAGAAUCAUGGGUACUCACCAACCGACCCGAGGCCAUGAACUGGCUCGCUUUACAAAGUGGCAUUCAAUGCAUUCUAAACCUCGCCGGGCCAUUCAUACCCGGCAGUAUCUGGGCAAAUGCAUUCGCAUACUUGAACAAAGAAGAGCGCCAAAUUUUCGAAGGCAUUGAACAAGGACGAGAAGGCCUCGAUUCUGAUCUGGCAGAUCUCUGUGGCAUUGACGAGUUUACUACAGAUAAGACAAAUAUUUAUUACAGUCCUCUUCGGAUCCUGACCCCACUUUUCGAAUUGGAAAAAACGGUACCAAAUGCUGGACACUGCGCCUCAUUCAUGGGUCGGUUAGAUUGUGACUUCCUUUCGCUUCUACGACAAAGAGACUCGCCAGCUCUAGUCAUACUGGCGCAGUGGAUGGGGCUUAUGUGCUCCUUAGCAGAAUUACAGCCCUGGAUCGAAGGGAGGAUUCGAGGCGAGUGUAUAGCCAUAUGCAUGUUUUUGGAGCACAGCCCCGAUCCAAGGAUAUUACAACUUUUGAAAUUUCCCGCGAAGGAGUGUGGAUACCAGCUGAAAACUGAAAACUAUUUGGUAUUCUAG